UCUGCUGUUCAGACUCGAUGCGGACAGCCAGGACAGCGGAGAAGGAGCGCAGUGCCCGACGGGACAGGAAAGCCUGGAGGGAAGAACAAUGCUGGCUGAACCCAGACCCGACUACGGCAUUCCAGAGCCGAGCUUUGCAGGCGUCGUGAAGCAAGAGGAAGAGCUGUGUGCGGAGGAGCGGGGAGCCGCGGAGGAUGCGGAGUUUACCGAGCUCAGUGUGGUUCCAGCAGAUGAGGUGAUAACGUUCAAAAUAGAGCAGCUGGACUCUGAGGAAUGCCCCCAAAGCUCAGACCCCCCCACGACUUUAUCCAGGGAGUCGGAGGAGCUGGUUUUCCAGGGUCCCAGCGAGGCACUGCCCUUCGAUAGUCAGUACAGCUCUCCUGUGCAGCAGGGAAACCAGAGCAUGAGCAGGGUGGUGCCAUCUACUCCGGGGGAAGAGGGUCUCGGCGAAAGUAACGCUGUCACAAUCUAUGGGCAAAACUGUCCCAACAAGAGACCUCACUCGUGUAGUGCGUGUAGGAAGGGCUUCUGUCUGAAGAUGCUGAUGACUCACCAGGAGAGCCACGGCACACAGUGCAGCAGUGAGCACGCUGGAGACGAGGAGGGCUUCCUCCAUCAGCAGCACCGGCGGACCCACAUGGAAGAGAGGACCCACGUGGAAGAGAGGACCCACAUGGCCCUGGAGAAGCUCAAGCAGAACCAGAAUGCAAAAGCUCACGCCAGCGUCCCGGCCACGGACAAGGUGUACGGCAAUCCCAGGUGCAUGAAAAGCAUCAACACCAACAGCAGCUGCAAGCCAAGUCAGAGGGGCCACCCGCGGGGGAGGCCUUACAAGUGCGACAAGUGUCAGGAGUGCUUCUCCCAAAAGAAAACCCUCAUCAUCCACCAGCGUAUGCACUCGGGCCGGAGCGGAGGGGUCCUUUGGUGCUCGUACUGUGGGAAGACCUUCAGCCACCCCUCCAAUCUGAUCCGCCAUCAGAGGAUCCACACUGGGGAGAGGCCAUACCAAUGCAACGAGUGCCCAAAGCGCUUCACCCAGAAGCAGCACCUCCUCCAGCACGAGAAGAUCCACCUGCGCGAGAGGAACUGUGUGGUCACGCAGAGUGCGAGGAAGGCACCGCUACACAGCUCAGAGCAAGCGUUUUAUGAGCCCGAGGCUUCAAGUCAAACCAAGAAAGGCAAAGAGGCGUAUGCCAGGGAGCUGCCGGGCGCAGAGGGUGAGGACCUCCCAAGAGACCCUGACGCAGGAUUUCAGACUUACGCAACUGAUGUUUUGUCGUGGAUUAAACAAGAGGAGGAGCCACGCUGCCCGGGACGACAAGACUUGGGGAAAGAAGAGAUCUCUACAGAUUCGAGUACAGCGCACGAUGAAAACACAAAGAGGGACCCUCCGGCAGAUUGCUUUGAAAGCACGGUGUGUGACUCGGAGGUACCAGGAAGACCUGGGGAGAAGUUUUCCAAGGCUCCUAGCCCCGCAGUGACAUGCGACGGUCAGUGGAAUUCAGAAAUGAUGGAAACAAACACCACCGGGAACGGCCUUGGGGGUGACGCUCGGUAUGACCGAGGGUUUGGUGAGCACUUGGAUUUCUUUAGCCCUCAGGAGAACGGUGUUGGGAAGAGACCGUGCGCGUACAACAAAUGUGAGGGAAACUCCAGCCAGCAGGAACAUCUUCAGACUCCCCAGGGAGCCCGGGGAGGGGAGACGUUUCCAGGCCCCACGUGUGAGAAGACUCUCAGCGAAAGGGUGUUCCAUCUGCUGCACGCGCAGCCGUGUGCUCCGGGUGAGAAAGGCACGGGGCAGGGGGCUGAUCCUGCCUCCUGCGAGGGGCUGCCCGCGGGGCCGCAGCUGGUGGCCCGCACCGAGCGUGGACAAAACCCUGCGGGCGGAACCAGGCUUCGUGACCACAGCGGCCCGGGCGGAGAGGAGCAGCCGUCUGCGGAAAGCGAGGAGAGCUUCCCCGCAGAAAACCCGUUAGCCAGCCCCUGCUGGGAUCACCCGCCGGACAGGUCGGAGGCCUGCACCAGGUGCAGGCAGCACUUCGCGCCCAGGGGCAGCCCGGCAAGCCAGCAGCAGAGCCAGGGCAGGGGCAAGUCCUACAUCUGCAGCGACUGUGGGAAAAGCUUCGUUUGCCAUUCGUGGCUCGUUAGACACCAGAUGACUCACACGGGAGAGAGGCCCUACAAGUGCUCCGAGUGUGACAAAAGCUACAGGAGAAAGGAUUAUCUUCUAAACCACCAGCGCCGGCACUCGGGAGAGGGGCUCUUCCAGUGCCCCCUCUGCAGGAAAAGGUUUGUGCUCAGGAGGAGUUUCAUGAAGCAUCAGGAAAGUCACGUGCAAGAAACACAUCUGACGUUGGCCGGUUGGCCCUGCACAGAGAUCAGGGCGUCUGUAAUGCCUGUGCAGCCGCGGAGCGCGGGGGUAAGGCGCAGAGGCGCAGGGGAUGGCAGCGGGGCCGCCGCUGCUCCCGGCGCCCCGGGAGGAGCGAGGGGCGCCCUGUUUUCCGACAGCGGGGGGCCGAACAGAGCUCGGGUGUCGGCCCCGGGGGGAAAUAACGGCCUCCUCCUGCCCCGCCGGACGCCGGGGCGCAGGAAGGGCGGGGAAGCCGCGUGCUGUGAAAGGGGACCUGGCUCCUCUUCUCCGUGGGCUGCAGACGUCAGCCGUGGUGAGCUCCACGUCGCUGGCAGUGAAGCUCAGCACCGUGUUUCACUUCUUCGUGACCUCGGCUCUUUCUGUCUUUCAAAACCAUGUUUUUUCUUGAGAAGUUUAGGCCCACUGAAUACUGAAGUUGGUGAUAAACUCUUCAAACCCUCCUCCUGGCACGAUAUUUUUGGGUUUGUUCCUGUUUCUCAUUUUACGAUGGUUUAUUGCUCGGCGCUGAACUGUCAGAAUGCCACCAGCGGGGUGUACAAGAACAGUACCGUUACUUUCUAUGGCUUUCCUUUACAAAAUCAACCUCUCUUGAAGCAGUGGAUUCACAACAUGGGCCGGGACAUGGGAACACCGUCCAAGCAUCAGCGACUGUGUUCGAAGCAUUUUGAGGACAGUUCUUUUGAAAUUGACCCCUUAAAAAUUAGAAAAAACAGACGUCUGCUGAAAGAAGCUGUUCCCAAAAAAUUCAUUUUGGGUGAAGAUGGAAACUGGCUCGUUGGCACACCCCGAAGUUUCUGUGGUGGGAUAAGUAAUAAAACUCGAAAACGAAUCCGGAAUCCUGAGCACUCGAGGCGGAUUUGUACGGUCGGGUUUAUACGUGGUGCAAGCUGCAAAACACCCGAACCAGUCCCUGGGACAUGCGAUAAUGCUGCAGCGCGUGAGGGGAAGGACUUGGGAGAUUGGCAGAAAGAACUUUACAAGAAAGUGAUAAAGGAGAAUUACGAAUCUUUAACCACGUUGGGUAAAGACCAUCCUGUUCCCAAAAGCGAUAUCCAGGCAAGAGAAGCGCUGCGUGCCGAGGAUCAGCGGGAUUUUGAGGAAAGGGAGAUUCCUGCAAGUCUUGCCGCAGGCUGCGGUGGUACGGUGGUCAGACCCGAGUUGCAGAGUCGCGCAACGAGUUCAGAAAAUACAGAACUGUGCGGAUCGUUCUCGGGAGGAUCCCGAGACCUGACUGGCCAAAUUUCGGACAAGGGGGUGACAUCUGAGAGUCGUCAGGAUUCAGCAGCAGAUCGGGCAAAUCCAGCGGGAAGCAGAAGAGGUAACAGCUCUCCUGAGGAAGGAGAAUCUAGUGAAUUCGGAGAGAUCCCUUUCUAUCAGGAAACCCAUGCCGGCGAAAGACUGUAUCUGUGUACAGAAUGUCAGAAGACUUUUAAACUGAAAAUUGGACUUCUAAAACAUAAGCAAAUCCACACCAAAAAGAAUCGGGUAUCCUCGUACAUAUGCACAGACUGUGGUAAGAGCUUUGGUCGCCACGCAGACUUGCUUCGCCACCGGAGAACUCACACGGGGGAGAGGCCUUACAAGUGUACGGAAUGUGACAAGAGUUUUAUGGAAAAACCGAGACUCACUAAUCACUUGCGAACUCACAACGUAUACAUGUAACCGGUGUGCCAAAAGCUUUCCUGGGAUAGAUUUUUUUCCGUUCAGUUAUCAAAAAAUCCCUCUCCGUCCAGAGAUGGUGGCUUAUAGUCAUAUAUUGAUUGUAGGGGAAGCUUUAGGAUAAGACAGUUUAAUAAGACUGAAUCAAGUUCAAGCGUGAAAAGCGUCUGGUUGGCGCCAGCCUAGCAGCCAUUGAUUGGGAGCUGAUUUUAAUUAGCAGCUAGAUGAUUCAUAUCUGGGAGGAGGAGUGGUACAGAGCAGUGUUGACUGUACCAAAAGCAUUAUUAAAAAAAUCUUCUGGUGCAGCAAACGGCGCACGCUAGAGAAUGUCUGCAUUAAUGCAGAAAAGUGCCGGGAGUUUUUCAGGUACGAGGAGGCUGAGAAAAUGUCGCGAUCAGAACAGGAUUGUCCGCAGAGGUGUAAGCAGGCAAUGGAGCUCCUGAAAGCGUAGGUGAAGGUGAAUGCUUGGGUUUGAUGUAAAAACAGCAACCAAAAAUAAAAAAGUGAGUUCGGCGGUUACAGUCGUAGGACAGCAGCGGCAGUGAAAGCACUGUCCCGUGGAAACGACGACCGGAGUCGGUCGCUUCAAAUGUCUGUUUACGGGGGGCGAGACGCCCAUUUAACUUCCGAGAUUCUGAAAAAGAGCACGGGUGUGUUCUUAACGCGCGUGCAAAGCAGAGGUAUCACUACAAGCUAGAAAGCAAGCAGCAGCUUCGGCUACAGGGACAAGAUCGGCAGGCAGGAGGGGAGUCCUGGAGAGACAGUGUUUGUAGAUCACGCGUCUUCUCUCCCCAGGCUGGUGAUGAUCAGCAUUUUUUUUGCUUAUUCCAGUUGGGUGCAAGGAGUGAAAAAGUCACCUUGCCGCCAGUUCAAGCAGCUGCUUCACGGUGAGCCCGUGAGUGAAGUCGGGGUCCUCAGCUUCCCGUGAGGAGCAGCAGAGCGAGGAACAGCUGGUGCUGUGGUGGUGUUCGGUAACUUCUGAAGGGGAUUGGGGGAAUACACUUGGCCCCGAGGGAUCCCUGCCCAUCCCGAAUACGGGAGUAACGUCCAGAAAACUCUUCUUAUCGCUGGCUUCUCAUUAUUUCCUUCUCAUAAUUGCCCUGGGGACAGCUUUUCUCUUAUUCUUCCCCCACGCAGCUUAAUGCCUUAGUGGUCACAAGUACGCUGUGUGCUCCUGAAUGAGGAGGAUUCUUCGGAGCGAGGCGAUUCCUUGUGGAGCAAAUCCUGUAAAACACCAUUCUACCAAAACUGCGGUCCCUUCCGUGAAGCGGUCGAAGAACACCUGGAAUAGCGGGGCUGAAUCUGGCGUGUGGUCGCACGCCUGCAGCGGUUCGUUCAGGAGCUGCCGAAAGUAAAUCCCGGAGGAAAAACCUCGUGUAGGAAGCUCUGCCUCCUUCCCCCGCUUGGAAGCGCAGAGCUAAGGAGCGUCCGACCAGGCAGAGACGGUCGCUUAGAUCUGAGACUUUGUAUGCACUGAAAUACAAAUAAUCACCUUGUUUAGAGGUUUAAGUGGAGACAGGGAUUAAAUGGAGUUGGAGACGGAAAGCCACGCUGCCUGCGUGGCUUUCCAUCCAAAAUGGCGACGGCGUGUAGUGUUUCACUUGCUCAAAAUGCUGAGCGAAUCUUAAACAACAAAAUGGAGCAAAAAUGUUGAAGGGGUUCAGUAAUAAAACCAGGUGUCUCCCACGUGAGAGGCACCGAAAGAUGAGCUCCUCGGGCUGGCGGUGGGCACAGUGAGGGUGAACGGCUAGAGGAGUCGUGGUUGCUGUGAAGCCUACUCCGUGGUCCUGUUUGAAGAGCAGAAGUUCAGAUGUGCAGGGGAAAUCCCGAGUGGGAC